AUGGAUUUGUAUCGCUGUCAAAUUAUCGUGCCUGUCGCGCUUUUAUUUUUCGGAGCAGGGGCCAUACUUCUUCUCACCGUGCCGACGAAAGAGUUUAUAGAGCCACCAGAGGACAUGUUUGGGAUAGUACUGGAUGCAGGCUCUUCUCACACGUCCAUGUACAUCUACAAGUGGCCGGCAGACAAGCUGAACGGCACAGGUGUGGUCACCCAGCACAGUGAAUGCCAUGUCAAAGGAGGGGGGAUCUCCAGUUAUACGGGUCAGAGGGGUGCUGCCGGCCGCAGUCUGGAGGGAUGUUUACAGCAAGCCGAGCGUGAUAUCCCACAACAUCGACACAGCCUAACGCCAGUUUACCUGGGAGCCACCGCUGGCAUGAGGCUCCUGAAUAUCUCCAACCCUGUUGAAUCAGCACUGAUUCUUCAGGAAGUGAGUGAAAAAAUCAGGUCCUACCCCUUCAGUUUCCAGGGAGCGACCAUCAUAAGUGGGCGGGAGGAAGGGGCUUAUGGCUGGGUCACUGUGAACUACCUUCAAGAAAACUUCAUUAAGUAUGGCUUUGUAGGUCAAUGGCUGGACCCAGGCAAGGAGACGGUCGGGGCCCUGGAUCUGGGAGGGGCAUCCACUCAGAUAACAUUUGUGACUCAGGAGGAGGUGGAAGAUGAUAAAAGUCACAUGAAGCUGCGUCUCUAUGGGCGGGAUUAUUCCCUCUACACACACAGCUAUCUGUGCUACGGUAAAGGAGAGGUCCUGCGCAAGAUCCUGGCUCAUCUCGUUAAAUCUCAGGGUGUAACUGGACCAGUGUAUCACCCUUGCUACCCAGCCGGUGUUACAAUCACCAUGGAACAGAAGAAGGUGUUUGAAUCCCCAUGUACAAUGGAGCAGAGGCCCAAGGCCUACAAGCCUGAUGCUGACCUAACGUUUCACGGCACAGGGGACUAUCAUCAUUGCCUUGGCAAUGUGUCUGAAAUCGUCGGCUUUAACAAAUGCAAUAUCUCCAAGUGUUCCUUUAACAGUGUCUUCCAGCCUGACGUUACUGGCAGUUUCAUGGCCUUUUCAGCCUUCUUCUACACUCACAGUUUUCUCCAGCGUAGUACAGGCAUGGAGGUGAACAGCCCAGCUCAACUUGAGCAGGCAGCUCAGACUAUCUGCAACAUGAGCUCAGACGAGAUGCUCAGAAAGCUUCCAGACCAAAAGAAGUAUCUGCAGGAUAGCUGUGCCGUGUCUGUGUAUAUGAGGGUACUCCUGUUAAAUGCAUAUAAGUUCAAUGAGCACUCUUUUCCACGCAUAUAUUUCCAAAAAAGGAUAGGCGACGCUUCUAUAGGCUGGGCUUUGGGCUACAUGCUGAGUCUGAGCAGUUUGCUGCCUGAGGAGAGUGUGGGGUUGAGGAAAGCCCUACUGCCAGGCGCAUGGAUUGGGCUGCUGGUCCUGCUAACUCUCCUCAUCACUGCUGUCAUGGGCUACUUGACUCUCCAGACCUGCUUCAAAAAGAAGAGUGAAGACUCCGUAUGCUAA